AUGGCGGCCUCUGAGGUUCUGAACAUUGGUCAAAAACUCUAUGAGGGUAAAACAAAAGAAGUCUAUGUGUUGUUAGAUAGUCCAGGAAAAGUCCUCCUUCAGUCCAAGGACCAGAUUACAGCUGGCAAUGCAGCUAGAAAGAAUCACCUGGAAGGAAAAGCUGCGAUUUCAAAUAAAAUUACCAGCUGUAUUUUUGAGUUGUUACAGGAAUCAGGUAUCAAAACUGCUUUCACCAAAAAAUGUGGGGAGACAGCUUUUAUUGCACCGCAGUGUGAAAUGAUUCCAAUUGAAUGGGUGUGUAGAAGAAUAGCAACUGGUUCAUUUCUCAAAAGAAACCCUGGCGUCCAGGAAGGAUAUAAGUUUUACCCACCUAAAGUGGAAAUGUUUUUCAAGGAUGAUGCCAACAAUGACCCACAGUGGUCAGAGGAACAGCUUAUUGCUGCAAAAUUUUGCUUUGCUGGACUUGUUAUUGGCCAAACUGAAGUGGAUAUCAUGAAUCAUGCCACACAGGCUAUUUUUGAAAUACUGGAAAAAUCGUGGUUGCCCCAGAAUUGUACAUUGGUUGAUAUGAAGAUAGAAUUUGGUGUUGAUAUAACUACCAAGGAAAUUGUUCUUGCUGAUGUCAUUGAUAACGAUUCCUGGAGACUCUGGCCAGCAGGAGAUAGAAGCCAACAAAAAGAUAAACAGUCAUAUCGUGACCUCAAAGAAGUUACUCCUGAAGGGCUGCAAAUGGUAAAGAAAAAUUUUGAGUGGGUUGCAGAAAGAAUAGAGUUGCUUUUGAAAUCGGAAAGCCAGUGCAGGGUUGUAGUAUUGAUGGGCUCAACCUCUGAUCUCGGUCACUGUGAAAAAAUCAAGAAGGCUUGUGGAAAUUUUGGCAUUCCAUGUGAACUUCGGAUAACUUCUGCACAUAAAGGACCAGAUGAAACUCUGAGGAUUAAAGCUGAGUAUGAAGGGGAUGGCAUUCCGACUGUAUUUGUGGCAGUAGCUGGCAGAAGCAAUGGUUUGGGACCAGUGAUGUCCGGUAACACUGCAUAUCCAGUGAUCAGCUGUCCUCCUCUCACAGCGGACUGGGGAGCUCAGGAUGUAUGGUCUUCACUUCGACUACCCAGUGGUCUCGGCUGUUCAACCAUUCUCUCUCCCGAAGGAUCAGCUCAGUUUGCUGCUCAGAUCUUUGGAUUACAGAAUCAUCUGAUAUGGGCUAAACUGCGAGCAAGUAUUUUGAAUACAUGGAUUUCCUUGAAGCAGGCUGACAAGAAAAUCAGAGGAUGCAAUUUAUAAAGAACUUCAUUAUGUUUUUUAUGAGAAAAAUUAAAAUUAAAAUUACUAAUUUAGGUGUAUGAAAAAAUACCAUGUAAGAUGAAAAGAUUCUAAAUUAGACAAAACAAAUAAAAUGUAUUGAAUAAA